AUGUCAACCUCAAGAUCAUACAAUUUCCCUUCUUCUCCAGCACUCACAACAGCUUCUUCACUCAAUUAUUCUCAGUAUGGUUCUGGAUCUUUUGGCCCAGGAGCUCGUAAUACAGCCACGAGCGCUACUUCUUUUUCUCGUCCACCCGUUGGUAGGAAUGGCUCAAGUGGUUUAAGACCUCCUAAUUCAGCUCCUGCUGGACCGGGAAAAGGAGAUAAAGCAGAUUCGAGAGAAGUGGCUAGAGUUCAUUGGGGUGCUCUGAGGGGUUAUUUGGCCAGUUGGCUGGAGAAGGAAUCACCUACCGCUCGAGCUAGUGCUAGAGAGAAACUCACCAGACUUACAAAACUACAAUUCCAAGAAUUAUCCACCGAUGUAUACGACGAGUUGAUGCGCCGUUUGGCGGCAGAGGAGGGUAGUGGAGACGUGCCAUUCCUACCUGUCCGAGAAGAUUUCCAUCCGAAACGAAAUCAGGCUCGUCAAAAACUCGCCACGCUCCCAAAGAAUCGAUUCAAGGACUUGGCUAGUGAUGUGUUCUUUGAGCUCAAGAGACGUUAUCCGGAAUUUGAGGAGGAAGCUGCGAACAAGUACCAAUAUGACGAACCGCCACCGGCUCCUGGUCCUGUACCUCUUCGUCCUCCAUUCCCUCAAAACCCUUCUCAAGCUUCCACACGCGACCGAGAUCGGACUGAGACACCUCCGCCUCUGUAUAAAGGCACCAACCAGAGUCAACAAUCUCUCCAUCAACGUCAAAGAUCUCGCAAUGCUAGUCAGUCCUCAUCUGGUUCUGGUUUACAUCAACAACGACCCUCUAUCGAUCGGGGUAUAUCUGGAGGGUUUGACCGAGAUCGAGACCGAGACAGACCCCCUGCGGCGUUGACAGGGACGACAAGUGAAGUGGUUGUACCUAACAAAUCGCGUUUACGAGAGGAAGAGAUUGAAGUUCCAUAUGCUCGUGAAAGUCGAAUGAUCGACCCUCGAGAUUCGAGAUCGGAAAGUAGGUCGUCUCGGGGCAGAAGACCGAAUUCCAGAGGAAGUUUAGAAGAACUCGCGCCUCGGGCGACCACUCCGCGAGGGCAACGAGUGGAUCAAGGGGAUGUAUUGUCUCCCGGGACGGACGAUAACAGGGAAUACUACGAUCGAAUGUCCUUUUCGUCCAAUGUGACGAAUAAAUCAAAGUUGCUCAAUCAAAAUGUCGUAGGAUGGGAUGAAGAAAGAGAACGGAAAAUCAGAGCAGAAUACGAGUUACGGAUAGCUGGAUUAGAUAGAAGACUGGUCGCUGCUGAGGCGGAAAGAGAUGAGGCGAAGCGGGCGGAAGACAGAGCUAGAGAACGACAAAGAGAAUACGAAGAUGAAGUGAGGGGUUUGAAAGAGAGAGCGGCUACUCACGCUUCAUCUUUGAGAUCGUUGCAACAUGAGCUAGACUUGGCUCGGGAUGCCACGGAAACGGCUCGGAGACAUAGUGAGGAGAGUGGACAAGCAGCCGCUGACGAGAUCAACCAAUGGCGAGAUAGAUGCGAAGGAUUGGAAGAGGAGUUGAGAAGGUUAGAAGAGGAAAUAAGAAGAUUGGAAGAUGAAAAGGCGGCGUUGGAAGGACAACAGGGCGGAAUGGGGGUGACUGCUGCUUUUGCUCUUAAACGUGAAAUGCAGGGAUUGGUCGACGAGCUUAAUUCAUUGUCAGCGGCCAACGAGCAACUUGUGAUUGAGAGAGAACAGGACGCAGAGAGGAUGGAAGAAAUGGAAGGAAAGGUGGAAGAUUAUAGGAAGAAGUAUGACGCGGUGAGAAUAGAGCUGCGUAAUCUGAAGGCCACAUCAACCAUGUUUGUCUCCAAACCUCUCACCGACGACCAUCUCCCCGCUUCUGCCGAUGGGAACAUUCUUGACAUUCACGUCUCCUCAUUCCAAACCUCCAUAGAUAGUCUUCUUUCUUCCGCUCGCUCAUCCCAACCUUCUGGCGUACUCCCAUCGAUGAAAGCCGUCGUGGAAGCCAUCACCGACAUCGGUGAAGAUGUGAAACACUUCGAACAAUCUCCAAACCUUGAUGUUGAUGUGAGUCGACUGGAAUCUCUCAAACAUGAAUCCACUGCACGUCUAAGCACCCUUAUGCAAGCUGCAAGAAAUCACGCCAUGGCAUCUGGUCUUUCCCCCGUUUCUCUCCUCGAUGCCGCUGCAGGUCACCUCAGUGCAAACGUUGUAGAAAUCAUCAAACUACUCAAGAUCAAACGUACCGAUAAAGGAGAAUUAAGAAGAUCCCGUAGUUCUCUCAGUAUCAGAGAAAUGGUUUCUAGACCACCUGGUCAAGAUCCUCGUUCGGCCAGUUCAGCAAAUGGUAAUUUCGAUAGAGAAUAUGGAAUUUCUCAAAAAGAAGAAUUAAACCAUCAACAACCUGCGGUUAUGGUUCGUCGUCCUUCAGAAAUACCCAAUAUACUGGAUGGAAGAACUACACCUUCUGUCAGUUCUACACCAGGAAGAAAUACUCCUUCAAUAGCUUCCACAUCUAGACCAACACCUUCCGUAGUUCCAGCAGCUUUGAAUAGAUUAAAUGGACCUGGUGGAUCUCCUUCAAAAGGUCCGUCGGCUUUCAGGAGUAAUUCUUUUCAAUCAGCUUCUUCACAAGGUAGACAAUCUGAUGCGUUUGAUUUGGACAGGAAAGCUUCCAUGGCGAGUGAUAGGACAAUUCCCAAACCUUUGGUAGAAUCACGAAGUGGGAAAGAAGAUGGUCAAAGAUCUGGAGGAACGGAUAUACGUAAUGGUGGAAUGAGAGAAUUGGCAGGAUCAAGAAAUGAUUUCGCUUAUGGUCAAACUAGUUCACCUAUCACUGCUGAAUCGACUGUUGGACCGUCAACGGCUUAUGGUGGACAGAAUGAUUAUGCUUUUGCGAGAGACGGGGAAGGUGAUGGAAGUUUAGAUGAUGGGCAGGAAUGGGAGGAUUUAAAGCCAUACCUCAACACUCAAUCAUCUUUACUGGUCAACUCGAUCCAAAACCUUCUAGCAGCAAUACGUACAGGUUCAGCAACUCCAGCAUUAAACGAACAUUUAUCAGAAGUCAUAGCUAUAGCUUCUUCCAUAGUAGCGGUCAGUACGAAUUCUCUACCUAGUUCUCUUCGACAAGAAGGUGAUCAAUUGUUAUCUGAAUUAGUAAAUAAUACAAAUAAACUUAGUGAAGCACAAGAAACUGCAAAGAGAGGGAUUUUCGAGAAAGAAAUAAGACAAGGUAUAGCCAGCGCUAGUUUUGGUGUGGCAAAAGCUUUGAAAGCUUUGAUGAAACUUGGUUCGGAGUGA